UCCCCCUGGUCGUGCCAUGCGCACUGGCGGUUGUUGUUGUUGAGCUGAUUGUUAUGGCUGGUCAAGGCCUCGGAUUCAACUGAGAGAGGACCCCCGCUCCGCCCCGUCUCAGUUACGGGACACCCGGCUCCCAUGGAGGGCACCGACAUGGACGUGGACGCGGAGCUCAUGCAAAAGUUCAGCUGCAUGGGCACCACGGACAAGGACGUCCUGAUAUCGGAGUUUCAGAGGCUACUGGGCUUCCAGCUUAACCCAGCCGGCUGCGCCUUCUUCCUGGACAUGACCAACUGGAACCUGCAAGCUGCUAUUGGUGCGUAUUAUGACUGCGAAAGCCCCAACAUCCACACGCCAUCCAUGUCAUUCGUUGAAGAUGUGACAAUUGGGGAAGGAGAGUCUGUCCCUCCAGAUACGGUGUUCACAAAAACCUGGAGGAUACAAAACACAGGUGCGGAGUCGUGGCCGCCUGGGGUUUGCCUCAAAUACAUCGGUGGGGAUCAGUUUGGGCAUGUGAACACCGUCAUGGUGAAGUCUCUAGACCCACAGGAGGUAUCAGAUGUGAGUGUGCAGAUGAGAAGUCCCACAAAUCCCGGCAUGUACCAGGGCCAGUGGAGGAUGUGCACAGCGUCCGGAUUGUUUUAUGGAGACGUAAUCUGGGUGAUCCUUAGCGUAGAAGUCGGAGGCCUCCUUGGCGUGACUCAGCAGCUUUCCUCCUUCGAGACAGAAUUCAACACACAACCCCAGCGCAACGUGCAGGGAGACUUCAACCCCUUCGCCUCGCCACAGAAGAACAAACACGACGCCACUGACAAUGGUUUCAGAGACCCCGGCGGAGCAUGGGACCGCACACAAGAGCCAAUCCAGCAAGAUCAGAAUGGACUGUCUCAUAAUGCUGUAAAUAGAGCGUCAAAUGGUCUCCAGACCAAUCUUUCCAUGGUGACUUAUGGCCAGGGUAUUCACGGUCCCUUUCCAUUUGGACAGAGCUAGAAGGACAAAGACCCCCUCACUCCUUUGCAGAAUGAUGAGCUUAACACCCAGGGAGGAGUCACCAAAUACAGAGGAGCUGAAGGGGGAAGGAACAGUUGUUUUAUACUGACUCAUUACAACUCUCCACCGGAGCCCGUGGUCAUUUCGGCAGAAACGCAGGCGACAGAGAGGUGAUGAAUCGCAUCUGAAACAUCCCACCUGACAUCAACACCCGGAUUGGCAUGUGUGAAGGCUUGAUUUAAGAGUGCUAUAAACCUGUAAAAACAGAUACACAUGACUAUUUUUUAUUUCCACUGUAAGAUUCAAGGAUGUAAGAUGUAAGGGAAAAUCACCCUAAACAACCCACAUGUAACGUUAUGUACCCAAAGGCAGCUGAAGACUUUCUCUCUCUGGGGUUCCUACACAGGUCUGAAAUAUUUUGAACACAGCUGACGGUAGUGAAAAAGGGAGAUAAUUUUAGAUUUUUUUUGUUGUUUCGUUUAGAUGUCCCUCACAUGACAUUAUGUCAUCAUAGCUACACAUCAGACUGGGUCUUGGAUAGCAUGUUGAAAGUGGUUGGAAUAAGUUACACAAGUCACUUCAUUUCGUGCUCGGAUGACGACUCUCCCCUCCAUAUCUUUCUAGGUUUUUGUUCAUCAUACAAAAAACAACACAAAUACACAGAAAUUAUGUUCUCUGUCAAACCCCAAAGCCUUUUUCCCAGUUAAAAGUCCCAGUGAAUGGGCUCUCCCUUCGAUGGGGCCUCUUUUCUGCAGCAAAAGUCAGGAAAUUGAUCUUUUCACAAACUUUGCAAGAGCAGAAUGGGUCAUAUACGAAACUUAGAAUGUGGACCUGUAUCCUUUAAAUUAUGCUUUUAUCAUAAUUUCUGCCUGGCUUUGGCAGAAGUGUCUGUUGUUGUCUUGUUCUGUCAUCAAACUGAGGGACCGGCCGCGGAAUCAAACCAAUGACCAACUUGCGCCUCAUAGCUCCAAGUUUGAUCAUCUGCUGUUUGUGUUUGCCGAGCUUUAACAGCAUUUUAGUUGUCUUAAUUGAACUUUGUUUUGGCUCCGGUGAGUUAGAACACCAUUAUCUGCUGUCUGGACCCUGAAUGUAAUGCGGUGCACACUUUUUCAGUCCGUAUGGAUGAAAAUGUGCAGUUUUUCCCUCGUUAGGCUGGAGCCCUCCUUUUGUUCCUUUUCCUUUGGGGGAUCAAAGGCUGCAGGUCAUCCAGCCCCUCAAACGGUGCACUGAGGAUGACCAAAGGAGAACAAUCCCAUAAGUGGGCCUUUCUUGACCCCCACCAUUUCUUUUUGUGUGUUUUUUUAAGAAUAUAUUUUUAGGGAAAUAAACAACAUAAAACCUCAAGUUGCGACGCUAAAACCAAUUCACAAACACUAAGCAUUCCACCAUUCCAGUCCUUUAGUGUCCUACCAGAGGAGGUUUGACUGACCAUGGGAAGCUUUGCAAAGAAAAUAUUUACGAUUUUUGUGUGUAGGAACCCCGUUUUUCCCAAAGACAAAAUUCAGAGAGCCAAGAGACCAGUCAGUGCUGUCUCCAACCAACAGUCUGAUUCAGACUGCAUGGGCCGUUUGUUCUUUAGGGUGGGUUUCCUCUUUAAAUAGAUGUCUAAGCUAAGAGAGGAUGUGAGCGAGUUUGCGCAAGUGAGGCGUGGUGAGAGGUUGAAAAGCCAUCUAAAUCUUUUUUGCCUGGAGAGUGAGUCCCUGUCUACAGUGUGUGUUCUAAAUAAAACGUCUGCGUGUGCAUGCCUGUUGCGUGGGCAUGUAUGUCCCUGGUUUUAUUUUUGAUUUAACUGACGUGAAAUGGUGUAUACUACUUGGGUAAAGGACGACCCGACACAUACACAUCCCUGUGGAGAGAGCUUUAAUAGACGCGUUCCUCAGAAGUAUCUCUGAGUGAUUCCGCGCCGCCUGGAACUGAACCGAUUCGACAAGUACCCCGGUGGUGUUUAUGCGCUGUCUUUUCGUGCACUGCAGACUCAAAAUGUCCCAUAUGCAGCCAGCAGGUGGUGCUAAAAAAUCACACGACCAACUCAAAGCCCAGGAUAGAGCGUUAAAGUGUGAGGUUGAACUGUUUGUGUCAGCGUUAUUGCCACUGCUGUUUUGUGAACUGCUAUUUGCACUAUGCUGUCAACCACCUCUGAAAUGAAAAAAGAAGACUUUGCGUUUGGGGCUUUUUGUGGAUUGUGAUACCAGCAUUAAAAAAAAAAUAGAAAAAGGAAGAAAAAUGUUGGUUGGCUGCUCAUUAUGGUUUAAACGUUUCAUCGUAAAGAUGUGGGAUUUUUUUCCCCUGUUGUUUUGAUCAUAUAAACGAGGUUGUCUGCUGUUAAACCCGAAAUUUUCAUUCAGCCUUGCUUUGUGCAUUAUGUGUGAGUUUACAUGUAUAUUUGGCCUAGAAAUAAACCGGAUACAAUUUGAGGAGGAGUAGGAGACAUUCAAACGCUUUUGAUUGUAAGUUUAGUUUUCCCCCCCAAAUUGACGACUCUCUAAGUUAAUUGAGGAUGAAUGUUUUUUUUAUUACUUGUGUUGCCUCCGUGUUAAUUUGUAAAACUCACCAGCUCUUUGCAUUGCAGCUCUGUUGUGUUUGUACCAUCUGAGAGUUCCCUUUCCAAACAGUAUACACUGUUUUCUAAUGCCUCUUUUAGUCUCAACAGCUUGUGUGUGAAUGCGUGUGUGUGCUUCCUUCUUGUAUGAUUACUGGUUGUGUGUGUGUGAAAGAAACGUGGAGGGAGUCUAAAUAUUGCUGGAUUCAUUAAGUUUUAGUUUUUGACUAUGUAUGAACAUGAGAUGGGUGGCAGGCUGAGUGGAUGGGAUGAAAGUUUACAUAGUCCUAAGACAGCACAUUUAUCUGAGGAGAUAUUGUCAAAUUAAAGUUGUUUUUUUUCUGUAUCUAUAAUUAAGCAUUUGUAUGAUUAAAUUAACACUGAAACAAUGA